AUUAGGCCACUCCCAUCCUUCAUAAAAAAACUGACCAAUGAGACAGGAGAUGGUAACAUAACAGUGAAGGUAAACAACCUAUUUAAUAUAAUGGCAAUGAGUGACAGCGACUACAGGCAGCUCCAGCAGAUCUCCUGUUCCCACAUGGAGGGGCCUGGUAUCCAAGGGCCACUGGAGGUCAAGCUCAACCCAGCGUUCUUCCCCCAGUAUCAGUCUGAGAAUUUAACCAACCAGUACAGAUAUAAAGAUGGCAGCCAAUGUGGCCAUCACGAGACCUGCCAGGAACUGAGUGUGGCCCAGUCAGACUCCCAGGAGCCUGAAAUGAUGGUACUAACCAACUGCAAUAAUGGGAAUUCAGCUGAGAAAACUCCAUGUAACACCAACAGGAGCUCUUCAAGAGCCAAAGCCAUAGCAGGGCCUCGGGCAGCCAAUAAAGAGAAUGAAAUCUUGAUGCCGAUGUCUGCGGGCAGGUCUAAGUCAGCAGUCUGUGUCCGACUAGAAGAGAGGUUCAGCAGUUUAACCAAUGAAAUGCCCUGGGGCCAAGGGCCACACAAACCUGACAGUCCCAUGAGAAACUUGGUGACCCUAAUCCGUCACGUGCAACAGCCACCAGGUGCCCAGGAGCAGGUACUGAAACCAACUGCCACCUCAGGCUGCCACCCAGAGUUUCCUGCGAGUGUCUGCUUGUCUGUAGGGGGUAUCUGCACCCUGGAACAGGCAAAGACUUCUGGGAAUUCCUGUCCACUACUGGAGGCUGCCAGACACCAGGAAAUCUCCCUGCCCCGGGCAUUUUCUUUCUGUUACCAGCAGGAGGCAGAAUCAGCUGAACAGACACAAGGGGGUGGCAGUAGGAAUUUUCCUGAGCAAGACUGCCCGAAAUUGGGCGAUGCGUCUUGCAGGCGCCGCACAGGCAAGAGAAGUCACGCUCACCAGUGGGAGCACAAGGCAGAACGAAAAGCUCUGAGAGAACUGCAGAAUGCACAGGAUCCAUGUGACCCAGAGGAAACUGAAACAACUUCUUGGUCAGCCACACAAGCCAGGGCUAGUGAGCAGGAACUGGGCUACCAGCAGGGGGGGCUCUCCCAGCGCAGAGAAAAGCACAACCGCAUGGAGAGAGACAGAAGGCGCAGAAUUAGGGUUUGCUGCGAUGAGCUCAACCUCCUGGUUCCUUUCUGCAAUGGAGACACUGACAAAGCCACGACGCUCCAAUGGACCACAGCGUUCCUGAGAUAUCUCCAGGAAAAGCAUGGCGAUGCCCUCAAAGCAGAGUUUGAAAGUGAAUUUAGCAGCAGGACAGGAGGGCGAGUUGCAGUGCCGGACACAUUGCAGAAAAAUAUAAGGCACAGCUCCCUGUUGGCAAUCAAAUGACCUCAUGUCUCACCGAAGUUUCCAUUCGCUGGAGGUGGAGAUACAGCAGGAAGGCACGCGUGUGUUAGUUAUGGCACCGGCGCAGAACUGACAUGGGAACGAACUUUGCAAAAUAUUAAAAAGAGUUUAUAAA